AAUUCUCCUACAAGGCCGUAUCUGUUAUCACUCUACAGUCACAUUCACUCCGAUCUGACAGCAUAGGUUGAAUAUGAAACAUUAGUGUUUUUUAUAAGGAAUGCUGAGUGAAUCUCACUAUAUAGCUGCUUGUGAAACUGAUAAGAAAUCCCGAAUUAGUUUGUUUCAAUAUGUGUUGAAAUUGUAACAAAGUUGAUGUGAAUUACAUAGACUAGAGGAAAUUGUUAAUUUGAGUAUUGGGAACUAGUUGAUGAGUGCUUUCUGUAUUGUAGUGAAGGAGAUGUUGCGGUAGAUAUCAUAUUCAUAUUGAAUGAAAAAACUUGAAAUUGUCACUUCUACUUUGAAGAGAAAUUCAUUUGGAGAAGUAUGAAGUAGUUCGAACUCACGUGAUAGAGAUGUUAUCGAUGGAUACAUGCUGACGUCAUAACGGCUUAGGAAAAUGCGUGAUUGGCUGGUGAUUUUGAUGCUGGUGAUGGCCGCGUGGGAGGGGGGAGCCACUGCAACCACACCCAACCUCCCAAAACGCAUCCAAUGUCUUCAAAAUACAGUGGAUGUGCCGGCGCGUCAUCUGAUGAGCAACGGCGAGAUCAUCAAGUUUCGGAUGGAGAUGUCGCAGCGAGUGACGCAUCAGCUGGUGACGCACAUCUUCGCCAUCUACGUGCAGGAGGUGUUGGGCUACCAGGGCGUGGAGUUGCUUGUCAGCCGCGACAACUUCAACACGACACACUACCUGUCGCGUCUCACCGAAUCUACCAACAGUAUCGACUCAGUACCAGACGUGAUAGCGAACUUGGAGCUGUGGUUGCCGCCCGAAACGAGUCUGUACUCACAGAAAGUUCAUGACCAUUUCAGGGAAGCUGGUAACUCUGGACCUCCUGGAAGAUUCGGGUGGUUCUUCCCGCGCCGGCACCUAGGCGCCACGCCGACCAUGGACCACUACUCGGUGCUUCAGUCGCCGAACAGCUCGGCGAUAUUCGCCGUCGGCGCCGGCGAGUUGGAGGCGUUGCGACGGCGCUAUGCAGUGAACGCCACGAGCGGCAAAUAUUUCUGUGACGCCGACGUCUGCAAGGAUGGCGUCUUCACGCCCAAGCGCUGUGUCAACCGCCAGCAUCAGUGUGCGCUGCUACUCACCUCACAUUAUGAUGCAACCAGUUUUGUAGUGGAGCACAUCAACCACCUGGGCCUGUUCGUGCAAGUGCUGUGGGUGGGAGACAACCUGGAGAGUGCGGUCCAAGACAUGCACACUGCGCUGGAGACGGAAGAGGCCGCACUACACGCACGGCAACGACGGUCGGACAAGGCCGCACUAGAAGAAAGCCGGUGGUUGUCGGACGAGGCCUUGCUACACGGACCGCAUCGAAGGUCGUUUGUGUUCCUGCACUGGACGCCAUCGCGACUGGUCGUGCCCGAGGACGACCGCUACGUCUCGGUUGCGUUCCCGCCGUGCGAAUCGCUGUCGUCGACGGCUGCGGACGGCUGCAAGUACGACCUCAAUCGACUCGUCAAGAUCAUCUGGUCAAGGCUCGAUAAGGCUGGGCCCUAUAUACAUAAUGCACUGAUCAACAUGGAGUUUAAGGCGAGCGAUUACCGCGACCUGUUGCAGCGAUACGAGCGCGGCCUGGCGUUGGGUAGGGGCAUCUACGACGUGGCCUGUGAUUGGAUGCGCGACAACCUCGCUGUCUACGAGCGCUGGACAGCCGAAACUGUCGACGUCAGCGAAUUGUACAUUGGCGGCAUAUUCCCUGUGCUCAUACCUGAGUACAACGGCCAGGGUAUACUGUGGGCGUCGAAGAUGGCGGUAGACGCAGUGAAUGCCAACAGUUCGGUGUUGAGCGGCUACAAACUGACUCUUCUUCCCAAGGAUGGCAAGUGUCGCUCGGAUGCCGUCAUUAAGAGUUUCGUUGAGUUCAUCAAAGCUGAUCGAUUCCCCAAACUGGCUGGCAUUUUAGGUCCAGCUUGUUCGGACUCAGUGGAGCCGCUGGCAGGAGUGGCCACCAUCUACAAGACAGUCGUCAUGAGUUACAGCGCCGAAGGAUCCAACUUUUCCGACCGCGUCAAGUAUCCCUACUUCUUUCGAACUAUCGGAGAGAAUUAUCAGUAUACGUUUGUUUACAUGCAGCUGAUGAAGAAGAUGAAGUGGCAGCAGGUGGCAGCCAUCACUCAGGACGGCACCAAGUACGGCCAAUACAUCUCCAAGCUGCAGGACAAGUUCACCGAGAACAAGAUGCGAUUCCUGUCCAACCGCAAGUACCCCGUCGACCGGGAGCGCGGAUCCAUGCGGAAGUACCUGUUGGAAAUCAAGAAGGCGAAGAUAAUAAUCGCUGACAUCUACAACGACGCGGCGCGCGACGCGAUGUGUGAGGCGUACAAGCUGGGCAUGACUGCGCGCGAGGGCUAUGUGUGGUUCCUCCCCAUGUGGAUGAACCCGCACUGGUACAACACCACCUACUACAACCAGGUUAACAACGAGAACGUCUCCUGCACCACUGACCAGAUGAUCAAGGCGAUCAACGGCCACCUGGGUCUGACGUUUGCGCACUUUGGCCGCGACUCUGACGUCACCCUGGAGAACAGGACGGUGAGCGAGUGGAAGAAGGAGUACCGCGACAUCCUGGCCAAGAAUCGCGACGAGGAGUCCAUCUACAGUGGCUAUGCCUACGACGCCGUAUGGACCUACGCCCUGGCGCUCGACAAACUGCUCAACCUCAACUCGUCAUAUCUGUCCAAUCUGCACAACGAGGACACUGUCAAAUUACUGGUGCAGUUCAUAGCGGACACAGACUUUAUGGGUGUUUCGGGCCGGGUGCAGUUCAAGGGUCGCUCCACGCGGCUGUCUGACAUUCACGUGGUGCAGUGGCUCAACAACAAGACGCACAUUGUUGGCACUUUCCAUCCCAACGACUCGGAUCCCGACGGCGGAGU